GAAUAUUCCACUUCUUCGAAUCACUUCUACGCCCUCGACAAGGAGCUCCUGUCGCUUCCACUGAGAUCAAGGCACCAACACCGUCACAUCUAUCCUCCCCGCAUCUCACCUUUGCAACUCGAGUCCUUGCAUCACAUAAUUAUCGACAAAUAGUGGCAAUCAUCAGCCAUCAACACCAUCCAUCAUGGACGACGAGCUGAUUGCCAACUUCACUGCCAUUACCUCAGCUACCCCUGAGCGCGCACGCCAAUACCUCACUCUGACCGACAGCAAUCUCGAGCAGGCCAUCCAGCUCUUCUUUGAUAGUGAUGGCGCCGACAUGGGUGCCGCUAUGCCGCAGCAGUCUGCUCAACCCGCUGCGCAGCCAGCAUCACGCCGAUACAACGAAGACGACAAUGGUGUUGUGACGAUAGAUUCGGAUGACGAUGCUGCCUACGAAGAUGAUGAGGCCAUGGCAAGACGUCUUCAGCAGGAGGCUUAUGGAACCGCCGGCGGUGAAGAGGAUGUCAGAGCACCUAUGGCCAGAACCACAGAGACACUUGUCGGUCCUGGAUCCAGAUGGACUGGCGAUGACGAAGACGAUGUUGAUGCCAUGGUGCAAGAGCAGAUGCUGGCACGCCAGAGAAGAGCCAAUACGCGUCCUGGCAUCUUCAACCAAGUCUCGGUUUGGGAUGACGCCAACAACUCUGGCAUCGCUACUCCAUCUGACCCAGAAGCUCAUCGUCGCAAUCUUGCCCGUGCUACCGGAGGUGCAUCGGAACAAUCGUCAAAAUCUACUCUGCUCGCCGAACUCUUCAGACCUCCAACUGAUCUUAUGUCACCGCUGUCGUUCCAAGACGCUCGUGACGAAGGAAAAGAGGAGGAGAAGUGGAUAAUUGUGAACGUUCAAGAUCCUUCCAUCUUCGACUGCCAGGUUCUGAACCGUGACAUCUGGAAGAAUUCGCAAAUCAAGGAGACUAUCCAGGAAAACUUCAUCUUCCUACAGUACUCAAAGGAAGAUCCCCGCGGCACUCAAUACGUCCAAUACUACUUCCAGAACAGAGACAGCGACGAUGCUUACCCUCACAUUGCCAUUGUCGACCCCCGAACCGGCGAGCAAGUCAAGGUCUGGUCCGGCGCACCUGUCCCGAAACCUGCCGACUUCCUCAUGGACCUUCACGAGUUCCUGGACCGCUACAGUCUGAAGGCAUUCGCAAAGAAUCCAGUGGCUACUCGCAAGCCUGAGAAAAAGUCAAAGGACGUUGACAGAAUGAGUGAGGAGGAGAUGUUGGAGAUGGCCAUGCAAAAUAGUCUGCAACAAGGCGGUGCAGCUGUCAAGGAUGACGAUCCUGAUCUCCUAACCAAGGAAGGAUCGGGCAAGGGCAAAGACACGGAGGUCGACCCGGACGUCAUGGACUUUACCGACACUGGUGUACCCAUCGAGAACGCAGAGACAGAACCGUCAUCAUCUCAGGCUGGUCCCUUCGCCCAGAUCGCGUCCGACAACCCUCACACCGAGCCCACGGAUCCAGCAUCCUCGACUCGCAUCCAGUUCAGAUACUCUGGUGGACGGCAAAUCAGGCGCUUCGGACUACAGGAAGAGGUGCGUCGCAUGUACGAGUGGCUCAAGGCAUCCCCUGUUGAGGGCAAGCAAGGUAUCGACUUUGAGCUUUCCUUCAUGGGCCGCAAUCUGAUUGGAGCUGUUGACCAAACGAUCGAGGAGGCUGGUCUGAAGAACGGCUCAGUCAUGAUCGAAUUCUUGGAGUAAGAAGGGAGUCCAAUUGGUAGUACAGAGAUUACCACCGAGCGCAGGCAGCGUGAAUGCUACACGCUCUGAGCCACUGGGACGGGCAAGGGAAACGUUUCUCACGCAAGCUGCACACAUAGACGGCAUCGAAUACUCUAGCUAAUGCAUAACGUUAUAAUCACGACAAAAGACAUUCACCUACAGUUUAACCGAG